ACAGCAUGGAGACAUCUCAACUCUCUUGUGAUUCAUCAAAAAGUUUGUGUAUGUUAAAAAAAUUUUUUCACUGAAUUUUGAUAGUUUUCGGUAUGGAAGAAAUUGGGAUAACCAUUGUUGAAAAGGAGGAAUUAAUUGCAGAUUUAAAAUCUAGCAGUCAUAUCUCUGCUCCAUCUCCUGAUGAUUUUGAUAUUGAUGAUCUCUACACAAAGUAUAAGAAAUUGCAAAGGCAGCUGGAAUUUUUGGAAGUACAGGAAGAGUACAUUAAGGAUGAGCAAAAGAAUUUAAAGAAAGAAUAUCUCCAUGCUCAAGAAGAAGUGAAAAGAAUACAAAGUGUUCCUUUAGUUAUUGGCCAGUUUCUUGAAGCAGUUGAUCCCAACACAGGAAUUGUUGGAUCCACGACAGGGUCAAAUUAUUAUGUUCGCAUUUUAUCCACAAUUGACAGAGAACUCCUCAAGCCAAGUUCAAGUGUAGCCCUUCACAAGCACAGCAAUGCCCUUGUGGAUGUGCUUCCUCCCGAAGCAGAUAGCAGCAUUUCUAUGCUUCGUUCAGAUGAAAAACCUGAUGUGACAUAUGCAGACAUAGGUGGCUUAGACAUACAAAAACAAGAAAUUAGAGAAGCUGUGGAAUUGCCAUUAACUCACUUUGAACUGUACAAGCAGAUCGGCAUUGAUCCGCCUCGGGGAGUCCUGAUGUAUGGACCACCUGGUUGUGGCAAAACCAUGUUGGCAAAAGCAGUUGCCCAUCACACCACGGCUGCCUUCAUUCGGGUGGUUGGCUCCGAAUUCGUGCAAAAAUACCUUGGUGAGGGCCCGAGGAUGGUUCGAGAUGUUUUCAGGUUAGCUCGUGAAAAUGCCCCUGCUAUCAUAUUUAUUGAUGAAAUAGAUGCAAUUGCUACCAAGCGGUUUGAUGCGCAGACUGGAGCUGAUAGAGAAGUUCAAAGGAUCCUCCUUGAGCUUUUGAAUCAGAUGGAUGGUUUUGAUCAAACAACAAACGUCAAGGUAAUCAUGGCAACAAACAGGGCUGAUACCCUUGAUCCGGCCCUUCUGAGACCUGGAAGAUUAGAUCGUAAAAUUGAGUUCCCUCUACCAGACAGGCGUCAAAAGCGUCUCAUUUUCUCAACCAUUACUACACAAAUGAACUUGAGUGAUGAGGUUGAUUUGGAAGACUAUGUUGCAAGGCCGGAUAAAAUAUCUGGAGCUGAUAUUAAUGCCAUUUGCCAAGAGGCUGGAAUGCAUGCUGUAAGAGAAAACAGAUACGUUGUUUUGGCGAAAGAUUUUGAGAAAGGAUACAAGAAUAACAUAAAGAAGGAUGAAUCGGAACAUGAAUUUUACAGAUAGUUGCUAUUUUUCUUCCUAAAAAAGUUUGUUUCAUUUUUUCUUGUGUUACUUAUAAAAUAUCAAUUUUUUAUGCAUUAAAGUUUGAUUUUAUUCUUUUCUUCGA